AUGUGCGAUGAUGUAAUGUUUCAUGGCUACGAAAUUGGCAGAAACGACGAAUUCAUCUUUCAAGAUGAAGAGAAUUCUGCCAUGAUUGAUUUUCUAGACCCGAUCGCUAAUGAUGACACAGCGACUCGUCCGACUCAAAUAUGCAAAAAGUUGAGUGACCGUUUGGAGAUCUAUGGUACCCUUGGCUAUGGUAGCUUUGCAGCUGUGUACCUCGCCCGAGAGAGAUGCGGUCCUGGAGAGGAUCCUCGAAAUGUCAGACAUUAUGCUGUCAAGGUCGAGCGACACAGCACAGUUUUCAGUGCCAACCAGGGACAUAUGUCGCCCCCUGCGGUGCCAAUUCAUGAUAACGCCGAUCAGGCGAGGUAUAUCCCCACUGAAGCGUUAUAUCUCCUUUUUCUGACAUGCAGUAACAAGUUCCCCAAGCUUGACUCCGUCUACAUUCAUGACCGACAUCAAACAAUUAUUAUGUCGGCAUGUGUUGAUCCGUCUCUAGAUCGAUGGGCACCAGCAGCAGGCUCUUGUGCACAGCUUUUUCCCUCGUUUACAGGCAAAUAUCUCAUGGCCAGAGAUAAUAGGCCCCUCCUCGAUGAAAUGUCUGCUUGCAAAGUUGCAGCGCAGCUUCUAGAAGCAAUUGCUGACAUGGCACAGAUCAAUCUUGUUCAUUUUGAUCUUUCAGUCCUCAACUUCGUCGUUGACCAGAGCCUGAAUGUCCAACUUAUUGACCUUGGCAAUGUUUGGUUCGGACUCGAGGAUGAGGAUUUUUUCUGCUCCCUAUAUGCAUACAUAGCCUUCCAGGAAUACCAAAUGUUGCCUGAACUAGCUGAGAUCUUGUUCCGACCCGAGAAUCGUCGACGUGACUUGCACCAUAAUAUGUGGAUUGAUUUUGAAAGUGAUGUUCGUCAAAUCACGUUAUGGAAGUACGGCGUUAUCGUAUAUGGGCUUCUGCACGGUUACUGGCCCUGGGAUAAUCCUCCGGCUGGUGGCCAUGAGAUGGAUUUACUAGAGUAUGGUGGUGAGGAUAAUAAGAGGGUUUAUGAUCGACGAGUGAGAAUGAUGUAUGAUGAUUUGCCGAUGAGGGAGGAUUUGUCUCAGGAUUGCAAAGAUGUGCUGCGUCAUCUUUUGCAGAGGGACCCUGCCAAGCGCCCGUCUUUGGCAAGCUUGGUUACGUAUCCUUGGUUCUCGCAGUGGACAUAUCAGAAUCGUAUCUACGAGCGGCCUUUUUCACAGGACUUUCAGAAUGCCUACUGUCAGUCUAUUUAG